UGGUGGUGCAUGCGUGAAUGCUCGAGUCGUUCCAGGGUCGUUCUCUCCGUUUGCUUUCCUGGCGAUUUAUUUUUUUUCAGUUGAUUGGCACCUAGGCGGCCCCAUAUUCCACCAAAUUUGCUAUCUCAAUUGCGUGAGAGAUUGCUUUGGAGCUCGGUUGAUUUAGUGGAGAAGAAAGGGACUUUGCGCAUCGUGACGCGGCUGACCACAGUCUCUCGGUUAAACACUUCCCGCCUUGCCAUCAUGCAUGUAUUUAACACCAUGGCAGAUUUGUGCCACUCACUAGCUCCUUGGCGCCUUAAUUAUAUGGGCCAUCGUGACCCUUGCCUGUAGUAGUUUUCAUUUGCUCUGGACGCGCCUGUGUAAAUCUCACACGGACUGCUAGCUAAGACCAUGGAAGCUGCAGGGGUAGAAUCAAAAGGCUCGCCCGGCGACGCCGCCGAUCCCACGUCCAAGAAGGUUCGCCGGACCUCGUGGGGCUGCGCUUUCAUCCUCGUGAACAACUGCUUCCAGUCCGCGGCCUACUUUGGCCUGUCGACGAACCUGGUGAACUACCUCAAGGUCCAGCUGCACUCCGGCAGCAAGGCCGCCGCCAACAGCGUCACCAACUGGCAGGGCACCAGCGGCAUCGCGCCGCUUGCCGCCGCCUUCCUCGCCGACUCCUUCCUCGGAAGAUACUGGACCAUCACGCUCUUCGUCCUCGUCUCCGUCGCGGGGUACGGCGUCGUGACGGCGAGCGCGUGGGCGGCGCUGGAGAGCGCGGUGUUCUACGCCGGGCUGUACCUGGUGGGGCUGGGCGGCGCGCUGCAGCCCGUCAUGGCGUCGUUCGGCGCGGACCAGUUUGACGUCGAGGCGGACGACGAGGAGCGUGGGCGGCAGAGCUCCUUCUUCAACUGGUUCUACCUCUCCCUCACCGUGGGGUCGCUGGUGGGCGGCACCGUGCUGGUGUGGGUGCAGUCCGCCCACGGCUGGCGGCUCGGCUACGGCAUCCCGGCGCUGCUGAGCGUAGUCGCCGUCGCGCUGUUCCUCGCCGGCACCGGCGCGUACGGGCGCCACCAGCCCCCCGGCGGCAGCCCGCUCACCAGGAUCACGCAGGUGGUGGUCGCCGCCGCCAGGAAGUGCGACGUGGAGACCCCAACCGACGCCGCGCUGCUGCACGAGCGUGACGGCGACGACGGCAUGUCCGAGAUACUGGGCAGCCGCCGCCUCGCGCACACCAACCAGUUCAGGUCCUUGGACAAGGCGGCUGUGGAGACGCCGGGCGACAAGGCGCGGCCAGUCAGCCCAUGGCGGCUGUGCACGGUUACGCAGGUGGAGGAGCUCAAGUGCGUGCUCCGUCUACUGCCGGUGUGGGCGUGCGGCAUCAUCUUCGCGGCCGCGUACACACAGGUGUCCACCACCUUUAUCCUCCAAGGCGACACGUUGGACCCGCGCAUCGGCAGCUUUCACGUUCCCGCUGCAGUGCUCACCGUCUUCGACACGCUCAGCGUCAUGCUCUGGGUGCCGCUUUACGACCGCGCCAUCGUCCCGCUCGCGCGCCGCCUCACGGGCCACCGCCGCGGGUUCACACAGCUGACGCGCAUGGGCGUCGGGUUCGUCAUCCUCACGGUCGCCAUGCUCGCCGCCGGCAUGCUCGAGGUCGCACGGCGCCGCGUCGUCGCACGCAACGGCACGUACCGCGGCACGGACGGUGCAGAGUACGUGCCACUGUCGAUCUUUUGGCAGGUGCCGCAGUACGUGGUGUUGGGCGCGGCGGAGGUGUUCACCUUCAUCGGGCAGAUGGAGUUCUUCUACGACCAAGCGCCGGACGCCAUGCGGAGCAUCUGCUCGGGGCUCGCCCGCGCGGCUUUCGCGCUGGGCAACUACGCGAGCUCGGCGCUCGUGUCUGUCGUGGUGAGCGUCACGACGAGCGGCGGCCGGCCCGGGUGGAUCCCCGACGACAUCAACGACGGGCACUUGGACUACUUCUUUUGGCUGCUCGCUAUGCUCUGCGUUGGCAACUUCGGCGGGUACCUGCUCGUCACACGGUGGUACAACUACAAGAAGACCGCGGAUUAAACUGGAAAUCACUGUACGUGUAGAUUCCGAACGUGUAAUGACUAGGUACUUCCUCGGCUUCUCUAUAAAAGAAGUUUGAAAGCGGCUACGUGUAAGUUGACUGUUUUGUUUUUAUUUUUAGGUCAGUUGACUGACCACAAAUUAUAUUCAGUGGAUUUGCAUGCA